UUUUAAACUGCUCUCUCAAAAACACAAAAACACAAACACUCCCAACUCUCUCACUUCUUUUCACGCGAAAAUACCGCACGUUUCUCUUUUCCCCACUUUUCUCUGUCUCUCAUUUUUUGUUCUUCUCUUUCAUUUUAGCAUUCAAAGUUUUCCCAUUUAUCAACUGCUUGCAUUACUUUCCCUUCUUUGAAAAUGAAAUUUAAACUCUUUACUCUCCCUUUUGUUUUGUGUCUUAAUGUCUUUUGUUUUUGUAACUCUUUGAAGUAAAUUUGAGUUUAAAUUAGUUUGUGGUUAGACUAAGAUUAAACUGAAGAUUCUGGGGUCAUUUUUUGGCUCUUUACUAUUCACAUUCUGGGAUUUGGCCUCUGGGGAUUUAUUUUUGCUUUGAAUUUUCGCAUUCUUCUUUAUAUUAGCUAUGGAUUACUCUUUUGAGUGGAUUUCUUGCGUUGCAUGUCCUUUUCAUUAAGCCGCAUUUAUUUUUAGACCCAUUUUCUAAUCUUGCUUUGUCAUUUUGUGUUGUUUUUAGGGAAUUAAGGCUUUAAAAAAGUUGGUAUCUUUUUUCAUGGGAAUUCUAGGAUUUUUCUGUGUUUGGUUGGUUUUGAUUAUUAAUGUUGUUUGAAAAGAAAAAUGAAACUGAUGUUUUUGGAUGUUUUAUGGUGAAAUGAAGUGUUUUUGAGAUAUGGGAAUUUAGUGUGAAGGUUACUUGCAAAAUGGGAUUAGGUCCAGGUGAUAUCCAGGUGGGGCCUUGGAAUGUUGGAAAAUCAAAGGGAAAGAAGAAGAAAGAUAGUGAAGAUGGGGAGCCUGGUUGUUGGAUUAAGUUUAGGUUUAUGGGAAGCUGCUUGUCUCCAAGGGCCAAAGUGGAGGGUUCCACUAGUGGCACUAGCACUCAAUAUGAUGAAAUUAAAUCAACGAAUGAGUCAAAUGACACCACCAAUGAGUCAAAUGACACCAGCACAGGUCAACCGGUUGUUCCAGUUGUGUCACCUUCAACUACUACCAACGCUGAAAGUACACCAUCCACUCCAAAGAUAAGCGAGGAGCUUAAAGUUGCUUCUCAGCUUCGGAAAUUCUCCUUUAACGAGCUUAAGUUAGCGACCAGGAGUUUUAGACCUGAGAGUCUUCUUGGUGAAGGUGGGUUUGGUUGUGUAUUCAAAGGUUGGAUAAAUGAGAAUGGAACUGCUCCAGUAAAACCAGGUGCAGGGUUGCCUGUUGCGGUCAAAACCCUUAACCAUGAUGGACUUCAGGGCCAUAGAGAAUGGCUUGCUGAAGUUAAUUAUCUUGGUGAUCUCCUCCAUUCUAAUUUGGUCAAGUUGAUUGGUUUUUGCAUUGAGGAUGAUCAAAGGCUACUUGUCUAUGAGUUUAUGUCUCGAGGAAGCUUGGAGAAUCACCUCUUUCGAAGGUCCAUGCCUCUUCCUUGGUCCACCAGAAUGAAAAUUGCACUUGGUGCUGCAAAGGGCCUUGCUUUUCUUCAUGAGGAGGCUGAACGGCCAGUAAUAUAUCGAGACUUUAAAACAUCGAAUAUACUGUUGGAUGCGGAUUACAAUGCCAAACUUUCUGACUUUGGACUUGCCAAAGAUGGUCCAGAGGGAGAUAAGACUCAUGUAUCUACUCGUGUGAUGGGAACUUAUGGUUAUGCAGCUCCUGAGUAUGUUAUGACAGGGCAUCUUACAUCAAAGAGUGACGUCUUUAGCUUUGGGGUGGUUCUGCUUGAGAUGUUGACGGGCCGAAGAUCCAUGGAUAAAAACCGACCAACUGGGGAGCAUAACCUGGUGGAAUGGGCUCGACCCUAUCUUGGAGAGAGAAGAAGGUUUUAUCGACUUAUGGAUCCCCGCCUUGAAGGACACUUUUCAAUAAAAGGUGCUCAGAAAGCAAUUCAAUUGGCUGCCCUUUGCCUUAGCCGUGAUCCAAAAGCCAGACCUCUGAUGAGUGAAGUUGUUGAAGCCCUAAAGCCUCUGCCAAAUCUUAAGGAUAUGGCUUAUACUUCUUCCCAAUUCCAAGCCAUACAGUUAGAGCGCAUGGGAUCCUCUUCGAAAUCUAGAACUGGCAGUAGAGUGCAGGCAGGGUUGUUGUUAAGGGACGGACAACCUACCAGAAGCCUGUCCUCUCCGAAUGGUCCGCAUGUCUCUCCGUAUCAUAAUAAUCAUCUUCACCAAUCACCCAAACCUAAUGUUGGCCAACCUUUACAUUGAGCAUUUGCCCACCCCGGCUCUUUACCAUUUCAUUACAUGUUUUCGUUCUGGGGAUUCAAGUAAUCAUUGGGAAAAUGAACAUCGGCCAUGAGUUUGGAAGUUCAUGCUGACUUGUUCUUUCUUAAUAGUGAGUAUUUACUGGAAUGUUCUCCAAUAUGAAGGUGAUCAAUUCGAAGAAACUCCUGUGCAAAACAAUGAAGAGCUUUUUGGAAUUAAUGAAAAUGGUUUCCUGUUCAUUUCACCUUUUAAUUGUCUUAAUUCGUUUUUCAGAUUAAUAUUCCUACUGUUUGUUCAUCGCAUAACGUUCGCACCAGCAGAUGCUCUCAUAUCCAGGCAUUGCGACAAGAAAUGAAUACUCCAUUACUUGCCCGCUGUAUAUGGUGAUAAUUUGCUAAUUAUUGCAGCUAGAGCUAGUUGGUGCAUUACUAAGUUGAGCCUACUUCAAAUAUCAAAACUUUAGAAUGUUCAAUGAUUUCUGUUGUCGCUUCAAUAUAAGGUAAACCUCUAUGAUGCUUUUCUCCAGACAACCGUGAUAAUAAAGCAAAAGUUGUAGGGUAAGAGUUUUGUUUGGGAU